UCCCUACGUGAAACGAACAUGAUCACUUAAAUCUGUGGAUUUUACUAUAUGUUUUGGAAAGGCGUGCCAGCAGACUUCAAACUGGGAUCGCUGGGGACGAAAGCUACCAUUAAGGAUGACCCCCCUUGUGGAUUAUACAGUAAGUGGUCUCCCCGCGUCUCACAUGGCCACGAUUUUACGCGCAGUAGAGCUAAUCCUGCUGGGAGUCGUUUGCAGCCUUGCAAUACCGCCGACCGGACAAGGAGAAUGUCACACUCCAGACCAAGUAAUUCAUACAGAGCAGUUUGGCAGUCAGUCAUACAAAAUUGGUGACAGGCUACGCUACAAAUGUCAGAGUGGUUUUAAAAGGAAAGCUGGGACAUCCAACCUCAUAAAGUGUGUAACAAGUAACGGACAUGCAAAGUGGUCAGCAUCAAAUUUGAAAUGUAUCAGAGAUCCAAGUCUAAAAGCUUCAACAUUUAAAAGUCCAACUACUGUUAAUGUUCGUGAAGUAACAAGCGCAGCCACAACAGCAGUAAACACCUCAGAAAGCUCUACAGUUCUUAACUUCACUGAAGAACCAAGCACAGCCGUGACAGAUCAAAAGGAAACACAAACAUACUCAAAUCUGACAUCAUAUACAACUGACAGAGUGUCAGCACUGGCAACAAAGACAGAUAUGACAUCACAGUAUGUCACUAUGUGGACACGUCCUGAGUCAGCAACAUCAGUACCAUUUAUGCCUACAUCAGAACGAGCUGAAGCAACACCGUCUACGUCACCAUCAGCUAACAAAACUACAACUGUCCCUACAAAAGAAACAAGCAACACUAUGACAGAUAAACCAAGUGGAACACAAGCUACAUAUUCAGAUCAAAAUAAAACAGAAACAUACAAAGCAAAAACAUACUCAGAUCUGUCAUCACACACAACUGACAGAGUGUCAACAAUGAGGACAGGAGGUACCACACCGCAGUAUGUCACUACAUGGACAAGUACUGAAUCAGAAAAGAAAAUAACAAUUGUGCCUAAAUCAGAACAAACUGAGACAGCACUGUCUACCUCAGCACCAGCUAAUAAGACUACACCUGUUCCAAAUGAAGAAAGCAGCACUACAGCAAAUACAACAGGGACAGCACAGUAUUCACUUGCAGAACAAAAUAAAACAGAAACAUCCAAAGCAACGACGUACUCAGAUCUGUCAUCACACACAACUGACAGAGUGUCAACAAUGAGGACAGGAGGUACCACACCGCAGUAUGUCACUACAUGGACAAGUACUGAAUCAGAAAAGAAAAUAACAAUUGUGCCUAAAUCAGAACAAACUGAGACAGCACUGUCUACCUCAGCACCAGCUAAUAAGACUACACCUGUUCCAAAUGAAGAAAGCAGCACUACAGCAAAUACAACAGGGACAGCACAGUAUUCACUUGCAGCAUGUUCAGCUGGUGUGUUCAUACUCUUGGUGAUAAUACCUAUAGUACUGUUACACUGCAAGAGAGUUUGCCAUUGCAGAAAAUAUAAAAUAUCUAGAGAUAGAAGGCUAAGGAACCUUGAUAAUCAUGAAGACAUGCAAGAAAGUCUUGCAUUGACACAGCUGCUGCCCCAGGAGCAUGUGGAAACCCAACAAGUUAGCACAACAGUUUUGCCGAAUGAAGAAGAAGAAGAAAGAACUAGACUGUAAGGAAGAAAAGGGGACUCAUUUGUUUACAUAACUUUCCCUCUGGUGGUGCAUCAGAAAAUUUUACCAGCAAAGUGUAGAGAUGGUAGCAUCAUUCCCAGUGAUGGCUUUUUCAUUCAGUCUGAAGACAUCAGACCUGUGUGGUGGCUCGUAUUCUUAGCAUUCUUAAAUCACACCACGUUUUCCUCACAUAGGUGUUUUAUGUAGUGCACGCAGUAAGGCUCAAGAGUAAAGUGUACUGCACGAGGGUGCAAUCAGAGUGCCUCAUCCCAUGAAUUUUACAAGUAACGCAAAGGAACUCUUUUGGCAGCAUUUAGGAAAUAAAGGCAAUGUAUCAUUACAGGGACUUCUUUCAAGAACAUAUGUUCAUAGCUGCAUGCACUAGCAAAUGGCUAGAAAAUCAAGAGGAAUGAAAUUAACAACCAAGUUUGGCAUAAAAAGUACUAUAGUUUUCUGCCAAAUAAGAGUAUUUAUGACCCACAUUUCGUGUUCUAUCAAAUAAAAGUGUUUACUGCCAAUC